AAUCCAAAACUAUACGCUUUGCCCACCGCUGUACGUAAUACUUCGUAAUACCACGCCAGUAAUAUUCAACAUUUGUCUGGGUGUGUAUGUUUUUCAAAAUUAUAUAUUAGUUACUAAAUGUGUUUGGUUAUGCUGAACACUGUUGGUUAGGUAGGCCCAUGUUUGACUAAAAAGUCCUUGAGUGAAUUACGAGGAGGAGCAGACCUAGCCAAUACAUUACUCCCCCCACCCCAAUCUGAAUCCUAUUUAGCCUCUAUUUAAUAUUGGUAGAUUAUAGUUGUCAUGCAGGGACCAUUGCGCUGGGUGCUUUGGGAUGUGAAAGACACCCUCCUGAAGGUCCGCCGGUCUGUGGGGGAGCAGUAUUGCCAUGAGGCAAAAAGAGCUGGCUUGAGCCUUGAUUCUGUAGAGGUGGAGACUGCUUUCCGUCGCGCUUACCGCCAGUUCUCUCGCAUCCAUCCCAACUACGGCACUUCUCAGGGCCUAAAUGGAAAAACUUGGUGGUGCGGGGUGGUGCGGGACACCUUCCUCCAGUGUCGCGUACAGGAUCCUGCCUUGCUGGACAAGUUAGCAGACAACCUAUACCAUAACUUCAGCAACUCGGACAAUUGGGAGGUGUUUCCAGACUCAAAAAGGGCCUUAGAGAGCUGUUCAUCUCUGGGGCUGAAACUUGGUGUGGUGUCUAACUUUGACAGUCGUCUGGAAGGGAUUUUACAAGCCUGUGGCCUGCUGUCUCACUUCAGUUUCCUGGUGACGUCGGAGGAAGCACGCGUCGCCAAGCCUAAUCCUGCCAUUUUUUACCUUGCCUUGAAGAAAUGCAGUGUGCCUGCAGCUCAAGUGGCCCACAUUGGGGACCACUAUGCCUAUGACUAUAUCACCUCUCGCUCCUUGGGUAUCCAUGGGUACUUGUUAGAUAGAGAUAAGAAGCACUGCCACCUAGAUGUACCCCAGCAGCAUCUAAUAAGUUCUCUAGAGGAGCUGUCUAUAAGACUUCAGACUAAUAUGGGUUAAUGGAAUAUCCCUGGGUUUCAGAAAACCAUUGUACAAAAUACUUAAAAUAGGCUUACUAUUUGUCCAGUUCACAUAAUUUGUAAAUGUAUUCUAUUUGUAAAUGUAUAUAAAUGUUAUUUAUACAAUCAA